GCAUGUCUGAAGUCUGGUCAAUGAAGGGAUCUGGGGAAAACCCUAACAACUAUUUCAUUGUUCACCUUGAUUCCGGAACCGCCAGGACUCAGGGAUCCACCUCAAUACUGGAACCGUGCCAGGGCUGAAGCUUAGACAGACACCGGUGGAAUUUACCCUGUUGCUGAACAGGGAGCCCCUGGAGCAGGCAAUGUGCCCCCACACAAUCCCAACUCACACCCCAGGAGGCUUUUGUCUGCUCCCUUUACGAGAACGAGGCUUGAGCCUGAACAGACGAGCGUGCUUUCGGGAACCAGCCUUGGUCGCCCUGCCGGAGUUUUGUCCUCGAGUGGGAGCGCGCAGCGGGUGGAAGAGCAGCCUCGGAGCUGGCUGAGCGGGAGCGCGUCACCGUCGCCUCCAGAGAUGCCGCGCUGCCCAAUCGGCGGAGGCGCUCGCUCGCAGCCCCGAGGUGCAGGGACAUAUAAGUGCGGCACCAGCCCAGACCGUGCAUAUUGUGGGCUGGAGGCCCGCGGCUAGCGGGUGCUUGGUGGGGCGCUGAGAGGCUCAGGGGUCCCUCCCUGGGUAGCCGGGAGCGCCGCUCCCCACGCCGCCAGCAGUCCUGCGGGCACGUCCGGACGGCAGGGUCCCGGGCGCCGUGGCUCCUGCAGAAUGGUCCAGCACUGGGUGCUGCUCGUCCUCCUCCCCUUGGUGCGAGCCACGGAGCGCCCCGAGGGCCGGGAGGACGAGCCAGGCCUGGCGGUGGCCCUGGCCGUACCCAACGCCUCGCACUUCUUCUGGAACAACUACACCUUCUCCGACUGGCAGAACUUUGUGGGCCGGCGGCGCUACGGGGCCGAGUCCCAGAACCCCACGGUGAAAGCCCUGCUCAUCGUGGCUUAUUCCUUCAUCAUCAUCUUCUCGCUCUUUGGCAACGUCCUGGUCUGUCAUGUCAUCUUCAAGAAUCAGCGAAUGCACUCGGCCACUAGCCUCUUCAUUGUUAACCUGGCGGUCGCGGACCUGAUGAUCACGCUGCUCAACACCCCGUUCACUUUGGUCCGCUUUGUGAACAGCACGUGGGUGUUCGGGAAAGGCAUGUGCCACAUCAGCCGCUUCGCCCAGUACUGCUCCCUGCAUGUCUCAGCACUGACACUGACAGCCAUUGCUGUAGACCGCCACCAGGUCAUUAUGCAUCCUUUGAAGCCCAGGAUCUCCAUCACAAAAGGUGUCAUCUACAUCGCAGUCAUCUGGGUCAUGGCUACCUUCUUUUCACUCCCACACGCUAUCUGCCAGAAAUUAUUUACCUUCAAAUACAGUGAGGACAUUGUCCGCUCACUGUGCCUGCCAGACUUCCCUGAGCCAGCUGACCUGUUCUGGAAGUACCUGGACUUGGCCACCUUCAUCCUGCUUUACAUCCUGCCUCUCCUCAUUAUCUCUGUGGCCUACGCCCGUGUGGCCAAAAAGCUGUGGCUGUGCAACACAAUUGGUGAUGUGACCACGGAGCAGUACCUGGCCCUACGGCGCAAGAAGAAGACGACCAUCAAGAUGCUGAUGCUGGUGGUGGUCCUCUUUGCCCUCUGCUGGUUCCCCCUCAACUGCUACGUCCUCCUCCUGUCCAGCAAGGUCAUCCGCACCAACAAUGCCCUCUACUUUGCCUUCCAUUGGUUUGCCAUGAGCAGCACUUGCUACAACCCCUUUAUCUACUGCUGGCUUAAUGAGAACUUCAGGGUGGAGCUGAAGGCGUUACUGAGCAUGUGCCAAAGGCCACCCAAGCCUCAGGAGGAGCGGCCAUCCUCCCCAGUCCCCUCCUUCAGGGUGGCGUGGACAGAGAAGGGCCAUGGCAGGAGGGCUCCACUAGCCAACCCCCUCCUGCCUUCCUCCCAGCUCCAGUCUGGGAAGACAGACCUUUCGUCUGUGGAGCCCAUUGUGGCGAUGAGUUAGAGGAGGCUGGGUAGAGGCAGGGGGAGGGCUGUGUCUGCAGCUGAGGUUGGGAGAGGGCCUGAGGACAGAGCCUGGAAAAGAGCCUGUCCCUCAUACAUGACCUUCACCAUGCUGGAAAUAAGUUCCUGCAGAGGCUGUAAGACUCUUGAGUUCCUAGGAAUCUGCCCAGCCUUCUAGCCACGUUUCAUGUGAAAACUAAAAGGCACCUACCAACUAGACACAUGUUUAUGAAUUCCUGUCUAAGAAAUGCUGUGAGGCACAUCACCCUGGUUCCCUGAGCCAGAGACCAAGACGGCUUCAGCCCAGAUGGGGGCUGAGUCAGUAAAUUGCCUCAAACUGUCAGGCAGCUGCCUUACCUACCAGUCUCCCUACCUCUGAGCCUUCAUAAAGGACACCUGAGUCAUACAGUGGGCGUGGCUAACCCAGCUGCACGGAGCUCUGCUUGAGUGGAGGGUUAGCGAGCCAGAGCAGACACGGAUGUUUUUAUGCCUCGCUUUAAAAGUCAUUGGACCAGGAUGAAUCACAAUUCUGUGGUGGCCUGCCCUGAUAUAUGACAAGAGAGGACCAAUUUGGCUCCUUAAAACAGAGAAAAAUUAUUGUUAAAACUUUGGAAAAUUCAGAAAAGCACAAAGAGGGAAAUAAAAAUCACCCCCUUCUCCCACCAGCUUGUAAUGAGUUCUGUUGACAUGCUGUGGAUUUAUUUGGAACGUGUGUGUGUGUGUGUGUGUGUGUGUGUGUGUACUUGUGUGUGUACGUGCACUUUUCAUUUCAUUCUGAAUUAUACUUUUCCAUGUAGCGAUAAGCAAGAAACGGGCAUAGCCGAGAACUUCUGAGCCCCUCUCCCAGGUAUAGUGUCCACUAGAGGCGCGAGAAGAAGUGUGGGAGAGGAACCCAGGGAGCAGGCUGUCACAGAGCUGACACAUGGCCUUCCUCUUGCUGUCAGCGGUGGGAAGGGCCUGGCUCAAGUACCUCUCCUGAGAUGGCAGCCUUCGUGAUGAUCCAGGAACAAAACUCAUCCAAGAGGCAUAAUUCCUUUUUUUCCUGCAAUCACACAGAACAAGAGGUGGUAAAACACUGCCUUGCUUUCACAGGCGAUGAGAGAGCAAGGCUUUCCAGCAUGCUGGAAAUCAUUGUGUUUAGACACCUCACCCUCUCAAGUUGUCUAGACAGGCCAUUCUCUGUGUUGUCUGAAUAAGAAGGCUGUUUCAUUGUCGGCAUCACCCUGGUGGCUCCCGUGUCACUUACAGAAGCCUGUGGCAUCAUGGUAGUCCUUAAGGACUCAGCUUGCCAGAGAAAUCUCAUUCCAGAGACUGAGCGUUUUCAUCACCUUCCAUCUGGUCCUGAGUGACUCAUUGUGUCACCCAGAAGAAAGACACAUCAGGCAGACUAGAGCUUAACUCACCAGCCGUAAACAAUUACCACUCUCACGUUGGUUUUAGGUUUCUUUCUAGCACCAGAUAGAUCCUGAAAGUGAAGAAUGAAUAUGGAGCUGAGUGGAAAACUGAGGUUCGGGGAAAAGGGGUUUGUCCAAGGUUCUCUUAGAUCUCUUGGCUGUUAAUUGAGACAAACUUAGCCAUAUCAUUUGCUUCCCUAUAAUGAACUAUGGGCUUUUAUUAUACAAUUCUCUCAAUGAGGAUGUUUGAAAAUUUUCAAGAUGUAAAGUUUGAAAAAUCAUCAUCUGAAUGGUGGGUAAAAAACUGAUUUUCAUGGGCCAGAGAGAAACUUCUGAGCCCAUAGGGAUCUCCAGAUGGAUUUUUCUGGCCAAGUGGCUCCCAUGUCUGUGCCUAUUGUCCUCGUGGUGUUGAGAAGUAGCUAAUGGUUUCAUCUUAAGGCUGCCGUAGAAAUUCUAUGAACCAGAAAGAGAAAGGCAGCAGGGCUACAGAAGGUUUUUCUUGCUCUAGAAUCACGGGGAAAGCUUCACUUUGUCCCUCUGUGGGGACAUCUAAAAAUACUGCUGAGUCACAGCAAAGGCUUUCUCUGGGACAGACCCACUGAUGGCCCAUUAGGUCUGUGUCUCCCCCUAGUACCUUGUCUGCUCCCCCCAACCCCCCAACCCCCCUGCCUCAUGUUGCUUCAGAGCAAACAGUGAUUUAUAUUUGUGAAUGUGAAAUUUGUAAAACUUGAGUCUUCCCAAUGUGCUGUAAUGAGUUCUUUAUUGUAAAUUGCUCCAGUCUCAAUAAAAUAAUUUUGGGUGCCUGGA